AAAGGGCCUUGAGUUGGAUCUAGGGUUACCACCCGGAAGACAUUUUAUGUGAUAAACGGAGACUGCAAAACGUGGUGUUUGUGAGUGUUGUGGUUAUAUAACUUGACAACACAAAUUUGUGUGCUUACAGGGUUGAGAACUUUUACAGUUGCCAUGUCCUCUUACACCUGCAUCAGCUGCCGGGUGGUGUUUGCUGAUGGCGACAUACAGCGUGCCCACUACAAGACCGACUGGCACAGGUACAACCUGAAACGCAAGGUGGCAGACAUGCCCCCUGUCACAGCCGAAAACUUCCAGGAGAGGGUUAUGGCGCAGCGAGCAGCGGUGGAGGUGCAGAGCCAGGGCCAGGGCACAAGCUCCCAGUGUAGCACCUGCGCGAAGAGAUUCUCCACGGCCAACGCCUUUGACAACCACAUAAAGUCCCGGAGGCACCAGGACGCUGAGAAGAAGGCAUCGCAGGCCACCCAGAAGGAAGUGGAGAGACUGAAUGAGAAGAACCUGGAGAAGGGGCUGGAUCAUGACGCCAUGAACGCUGCCAUCCAGCAGGCCAUCAAGGCCCAACAGGCGGGUUCGCCCAAGAGUAAGCCUGCUCAGGCAUCAGGAGCUGCCAGCCAGAAUCAGCCCUCGUCCCAGGAAAAGAAACGUCCAGACAAGCCACCCAGGCUUCAGUGGUUUGAGGAACAGGCUAAGAAACUAGGGAAAGAGCACAUUGAGGGGGAGGAGGAGGCAGCCAUGGAAGAUGUCCCUGAAGAGGAAGAAGCGUGGGAGGAUUUGGAAGAAGACCUGGAAGAUGAGGAAAUGGAAGAGGAGUCUGAGCAGGGUGAGACAACACAUUCAGAAGGCACGCCUCCUGGUGUCAUAGCAGUUACAGACUGUCUCUUCUGUUCCCAUCACUCUCGCUCCCUCAUGAAAAACCUGGCCCACAUGACCAAGGUCCACAGUUUCUUCAUCCCUGAUAUAGAAUUCCUGGUGGAUCUAAGGGCACUGCUCAAGUACCUUGGAGAAAAAGUUGGAGUGGGAAAUGUCUGCCUUUGGUGCAAUGAGAAGGGUAGGUCAUUCUACUCAACUGAGGCAGUUCAGGCUCAUAUGACUGACAAGAGCCACUGUAAACUUUUCACAGAUGGAGAUGCAGCUCUGGAAUUCGCAGAUUUCUUUGAUUUCAGGAGUAGUUAUCCUGACCAGAAAGAGGGAGGUGAUGUUGAAAUGCAGGAUGAGGAAUUGCCAGAUGAAAAUAAUCUUGAAUAUGAUGAUGAAACAUUGGAGCUGAUCCUCCCAUCAGGUGCAAAAAUUGGCCACCGCUCUCUGAUGAGGUACUACAAGCAACGAUUUGGUAUAUCAAGAGUCGUAGCUGUUGCCGGCAACAGGAAUGCAGUGGGUAGGGUAUUGCGCCAGUACAAAGCCUUGGGUUGGAGCAGUGAUAUGGCUAAAGAUGCAUCGCUGUCAAGACAAAGAGACAUGCAGUACGUUCAGAGGAUGAAGUCCAAGUGGAUGUUGAAGACGGGAAUGAGCAAUAACUCCACCAAACAGAUGCACUUCAGAGCACAAGUCAGAUUCUAAGCUUGUGACUCGCACUGAAACCAACUGCAUGCAAGUUGCACAUGUGCACACUCAUAAAAGUGCUGUUCACACUGCAAAUUGGUUAAUAAAAAUGAUAGUGACAAGUUCUGCAGAUCAAUAAUGCAGUACGACUUUUGAGAGUACAUAACUGUUUUGUAAAUUCUAAGUGAUGGGGAAAAAAGUUGUACAGUAUAGUUUUAUCACACUAGUCAUUACAAAAACUAAGCAUACCUUUUGUAUAAACCUGCUCUGUUUAUAAAUGGAUUUACAUCCCAAUAUUGAUUAGGUGCACAUCUUGUAGAAUCCUUGAUGUUAAGUUGAAAUUGUGUAAUUGCUUGCAGUAAUAUUUUCAGUGUAAUAUAUAUCCAGUUUACCAUUACAAAGAUAACACUUUUGGAUUCCAGUGGUCAUUCUUAAUUGAGACCUUGUGGGUUACAAUUUAUUAUACGUCUAAUGUUUGUAAUUAAGGAAACAAUGUUCAAAUUCAAGGGUUGAAUACCAAAUAAACUACUUUAAAAGCAAA